UACAACUGUCCCGCAGACCCAGUCUACAGUCCCCCAACAGCAACAGCUCUUGACAUUGCCACCAUCUUUUUCUUCGACCUUUGGUCGAACAAUUCUCGACACCCAUCCGUUGAUCCAUUUUCAUGGGGAAUCCUCGUAUCCCCCUCUUCCUCUUUUCUUUCCUCCAAUUUUCUCUACUCUGCGCCCUCUCCUGGGCCCGCUUCUCCCCCGCCGAUAACUACCUCAUCGCCUGCGGAGCGACCUCCGCCUCCCCCCUCGACGACCGCCGCGUCUUCCUCCCCGACUCCGCCGCCCUCCUCCGCUCCUCCGGCCCUAAGAUCUCCGUCUCGGCGGCGCCGCUGCCGGCCUCCUCCCCUCUCUCUCGGACGGCCAGGGUCUUCACCCGCCCCUCCUCCUACGAGUUCCAGAUCAAACAGAAGGGUACCCAUAUCAUCCGCCUCCAUUUCUACCCCUUCUCCUCCGGGGAUUUCAACCUAUCCUCCGCCCUCUUCCAUGUUUCCGCCUCCGGCUUCGUUCUCUUGACCUAUUUCGGCACUUCCGUUCCGCUCUUGAAGGAGUACGUCCUCUGGGUGGAUGCCGAGAAGCUCAUGAUCUCGUUCGCCCCAGCUCAAAGAUCCUCCUUUGCCUUCGUCAACGCAAUUGAAGUCGUCUCGGCUCCUGCGGAUCUCAUCGGCGACACCGCGAGGUUGGUAGAUCCUGAUCGAAUUGAGGAAUUUGAUGGCCUCUCGAGGGUGGCAAUGGAAACCCUCCACCGGCUCAACGUUGGAGGCCCAAAGGUCACACCUUUCAACGACACCCUUUGGAGGACUUGGGUUCCCGAUUCAGGCUUCAAGAAUUCGGAUUCUGUUUCCAAAGCCGUGGCUUUCAGUGGAAGGAUUAUGUACCAGAAGGGUGGGGCGAGUCGCGAAGUAGCUCCUGAUAACGUUUACAAUACUGCCAGAGUACUUGAUGGUGCCAAUAUUUCGGAUUCCAAUUCUAAUAUGACAUGGGUUUUUGCGGUGAGGUCUGGUUACAAGUAUCUUAUCCGAUUGCAUUUCUGCGAUAUCGCUAGUCGAGCUCUCAAUGAGCUCUAUUUCAAUGUCUAUGUUAACGAGUAUUUGGCCUAUGAAGAUUUCGAUCUCUCAUAUGCCACUGGCUCACUGGCUUCACCUCGUUAUGUGGACUUUGUAGCUGGUGUAGAUAGUUUGGAGCAGCUUUUAAGUGUAAGCAUUGGUCCUUCUAAGCGGAGCAGCCAUUCGAGGAUAAACGGAUUGCUGAAUGGGCUGGAAAUUAUGAAAAUUAAUAAUACAGAGGGCAGUCUCGAUGGAGAUAUUUUGGUUCUGGAGAGUCCAGGAAGAAGAGGCCUUGGAGCAUUUCUUCGUUCAAUUGUAUGUGGAUUUGCUUUUGUGAGUUUGUCGAUUGUUGGAUUUAUGCUGUUGUUGAGGUGGCGAGCUGAGACAAGGAACCUUGUGACAUGGUCGCCAUUGGCUACUGAUGUUUCGGAUGGUAAAUUGGCCAAGGGAAAUCAGGUGGUAUCGGGUAAAUUUUAUUUUUGAAGGAUUAGGAGAAGGGUUUUGUAAAAUAUAGUUUAAAUAGUUUCAGUAUGGAUUGUGGAAUUUCUACCACGAAGCUUGUAUGAAGAGCUUAAAAUGUUUGUAUGAGUAUUGAAAGCUAUUCCCACUGUGUAGGUGGUAUUAUUUAUCUUUGCUUCUGAAGAAUAUAUUUUUAAGUCUUUCUA